CAAUCUUUUGACGGAAGAAGCAAAUUGCUGCAAAAGUAAAUGCAUUUCGGAAAAGCUCUCCCCCCAUGAAAUCGAGAAAAAUCUGAAAUACUUUUGGGACAUGAAUGAGGAGGAUCAAAGGAGAUUCAUUUUUGAUUUUCUUUAUCUAAAUCAUUCGAAAGGUCGGUCUGGGAAAAUCAAAUAUACCGGGUAUCACCUAGGUGGGAAACAGGUCUGCCAGGAUGCAUGGAAAAAGGUUCACGGAAUAAGUAACGGCAGAUAUAAAAAAGGUGUAUCCACCAGGCAAUUGCCACUCUAUUUUUCCUAUAGAUAUCAUAAUCUACGACGAGACUUUGAAGCAGGGCGCACUUGCCCUAUAAGUAACAGAAUUGGCGUGGUAGUCAAGUCGGAAAGGGCGAUUGAAGCCGAACUUUGGUUCGAUGAAUAUUUCCACGUAAUGGGCGACAAAAUGCCGGACAAGAAAAAGAUUCAUCUUCCCUCGUGUAUCACCAAGAACCAAGUCUUCCUUACCUACAAAGAAGAGCAAGUUAAUUCCAGGAAGAAUCCCCUGGGGUAUUCACAGUUCAGGAGAAUAUGGGCUACGCACUUUAGUCAUGUCACCAUACCUAAGAUAAAUAGAUUUACCAAGUGUGGCGUUUGCACCCUUCUCAAAGAUAACUUGCAAAAGAUCAAGAGUAAGGAAAGACGCACAUAUUGGCUCCAUCUAAAAGAAAGCUUAGAGAGAAAAAAGUACAGUAGCCACCAGGCGAAAGCAAGGCAAUACCCAAAGAAAUACUUAUCCAUCAUCAUGGACGGUAUGGAUCAAGCCAAGACUCGAUUGCCUCACUUUUACAUAGGCUCAAAGAUUGAAGGUGAACAUGCUGGAUUUUUGAAAGUUCACGUCACUGGGGUCAUCUCACAUGGUAAUAAUGUGGCUAAUUGUUUCUUGGACCUGAUGAGGUGGCCACAUGAUGCAAAUGUGACAAUGAAUGUCAUGCUAGAAACUUUACGAAAACUUAAGCUCAAGGUCAAAUUGUCGUAUUUGAUUGUAGGCCACACUCAUGAAGACAUCGACCAGAUGUUUAGUCGUUUCUCCGUUGCACUAAGGAAAACCGAGGCAACAACAAUUUCUUCUUUGAGGCAAGUGAUCGGUUCCUCCUAUACUCCUCAACCAUCCACAGUCUACAUGGAAAAUGUCUAUGACAUCAAAGAAUGGUUGASRCCUUACCUGAGUAAAUUGAAKUACCACAGUCGUCCACAUGCAUUUAGAUUCAAGAAAGAUGAUGCGGACAAUGUGGUAAUGCAUUACAAGCAGCUGGCCAAUUCUAAUCAAUCUUGGCAAGGGAAAAACAAGACUAACCAAGGCUAUUUGGUCCUGAAACAGAAUCCCCCUGGGAGACCGUCGGUUCUCAGACCAAACCAUGAAAAUUGUCCGUCUGUCAAUGUCAUGAGCGGYCACAUUGACAACUUGUCCUCUCGAUUGACCCACRCAGACAUGCAGUGGUGGCAKGAGUUCCUCAGGCAAGAGGAGAGAAAAAGAUCAAUGUGGGAAAAGAUGACGAACGCACAGUACGCUGCGGCGUCAUGUAAGUUCCCCCUGCCAUCACUUGCUCACUGCGAUGGUGAAUCAGCGUCGGAGGACGAGGAAAAUGCCGACAGCAAAGACAUCCAAAAAGCUGAGCAGAAUAUACUAAAAAUGAUCAACAAGACCACUGAUCACAAGCCGAUUGAAGAAGUUAGUACAGCCAAAAAGAGAAAAGCAACCAAUCAGCUAGGAAAAGAAAACCAGCAACAGAGAAAAAAACAAGGAAGGAAGSAAAGAAAAAAGAAAUAAAUGCUUCCGCCUGCAAAUAGUUAUUUGGUAGACAGCUCUGGCCUCCGUUCAAGACGUUUCAGACUGUAGUUCGCUCUUCCCUCCGUUCCCGGCCUCCCACAACGACACAACAUCUGCAACGCAAGGCUAAAAGCAGUGAGCUCCCUAGGAAAAGUUUCAGACAUACCUAAACUACCACAGUCCAUUCCAAUCCUUCUAUAUUUAAAACCUACAACUUCUCUAUUAAAGUAUGA